AUGGUGGCCGAAGGAGGCACCGAUGGAGGUUUCCAGGCGUAUCAUGAGCCUCAUGUCAUCGAGAUUCUCAUCCUCGUCUCCUUCUUUCUCUUCCUAGCCCUGUCCGACUGGCUAGCCGACAAGAUAUUUCGCGCGGGCCUAAUUGGUCAAAUCAUCGUUGGUCUUGUCUACGGUGUCCCCUUGGCCAAUAUUCUCGAGAUCAACUGGCGGGAGACGUUUUUAGCCCUGGGAUACGCCUUCAUCGUCGGCACGGCUCUUUGUUCCACCUCACUCGGCACCACCUUUGUUAUCAUCAACAGUGCCUCCAACGCUACUGACUACUCUCAAACUCGCAUCGGAACUGUUCUCAUCAGCGCCGCGGUUCUCGAUGACGUUUGUGGCCUCGUCUUGGUGAGCGUCAUCCACCAGCCUCGGGGCAUAGCAGAAGAUGGUGAUGUCAACCUUGGAUGGAUCAUUGGCCGACCGGUGCUGGCAAGUGGCUUGCUCGCAAUCUUGACCCCCCUGGUUGCCAAAUUUGUCGCAGGUCCUCUGUUUCGCCGGUUUCUGGAGAAGCCCCUGUCAAAGUUCAAGCAUACCGCCAACAUUCUCCUGAUGACGGUUGUUCUGUGUGCCUUUCUGGCCAUAACCGCUUUUGCAGGCGCAUCAAUGCUGUUUGGAGCCUUUCUCGCCGGCGCAUUCCUCAGCAGCAUACCUAGCAAGGAAAAGACCCCCUCUGAGCCAGAAACGACCUCCUUUGUGACCACAUUCGAAUACUACCUCAGUGGGCCCCAAAAGUUCAUCCUACAGCCCUUAUUCUUCGCCAGCAUCGGCUUCGCGAUCCCGUUUGGAGAGCUUUGGACCGGCGAGGUGAUCUGGAAAGGGCUGGUUUUCACCAUCCUGAUGGUCUUGAGCAAGCUGGUCGUUGGUCUGGUCGUCCCAGCUUGGGACAUGUUCUCAGCUGUGGGAUUUCCCAAGCCAGCACCGCCUGCGAACGAGAGGAUGAGCGCGAGCUGGGCGCCGGCGACCCUGCUUGGCACGGCCAUGGUCGCGCGUGGGGAGAUCGGGCUGCUGAUCAUCCAAAUCGGCCUCAACGAGACACCCUUCCUAACGCGCAAGGCGUUUGUGGUUGACGUUUGGGCCAUUGUGCUCAAUACCAUCAUUGGCCCUGUGUCGGUGGGUAUGUUGUUGAAGAAGGUUGGCGACCAGAUAGCCACUGACAAGAUGUGGGGGAUUCAGUCCAAGCCCCGAGAUAUCGAUGUCGAGUCGGUGAUGGCGCCGGAACAGCCUGGUCAAGAUGGUAGACUUCCCGAAGGGAAAGGAGAAGAGAGCAUAGGUGGCGUUUAG